AUGAAAAUAACUCAACUGCGAGAUUUAGCCCGAGUUUUGCACGAAGAUUCAUGGAACAGUCUAAAAACUUCUAUAAGUGCAGUGAACUUCCAUUAUUUUCAUCCAAAAGGCUAUGUAGUUGUUAAUCUUGUUCUCGAGUUUUUUUUUUCUGGAGAUCUCUCCUCUUUCUGUUGCUCACCGGCAACUUUUCCCAUUGCGUCUUCGAGGAAGAUUAACGCUGCUGCUAUUUCUAUGCUAUUGAAGCUAAGAAUUCGAAAUAACCCAUUUGUUCUGUGGAUCUGA